AAAAAUUUUAGUUUGUGAUUCUAUAGAUGGGGGAGCCCUUUAAGUAAUAUUUUAUUUGGUUUUACCUUUUUAUCUAGGGGUUUUAUUAUUAGUGGCUAGCUUAAUCAGUAUGCGGUUUGGUCUUUUAUAUUUUCUUUCUGCUGAAACUAUAUUUGUUGAAUGAGAAAUAUUUUCUUUUAGAUCAACUUCUAUUAUUAUAACUCUUAUUUUUGAUUGAAUAAGUUUGAGAUUCACAGGGCUCGUAAUAUUUAUUUCUUCUAUGGUACUUUUCUAUAGAAUCAUAUAUAUAGAGGGGGACAAGUUUUUAACUCGGUUUAUUUUUUUAGUAUAUUUCUUUGUCUUGAGUAUGGUCUUUAUAAUUUUAAGCCCUAACAUAAUUAGAAUCUUAUUGGGGUGGGACGGACUCGGUCUUGUGUCGUAUUGUUUAGUAAUUUAUUACCAAAAUGUAAAAAGAGCAAAUGCGGGUAUAAUUACAGUUCUCUCUAACCGUGUGGGUGACGUAGCUAUUCUUUUAUGCAUUUCAUGGCUACUGAAUUUUGGUAGAUGGAAUUUUUUUUAUUCGCAGUUUGUAUAUUCGUACGAAGUAGUUUCUUUUAUAGUUAUUCUAGUAAUUUUAGCAGCUAUAACAAAAAGAGCUCAAAUACCCUUUUCUGCUUGGCUACCUGCGGCUAUAGCAGCCCCCACCCCAGUUUCGGCUCUUGUGCAUUCAUCUACUUUAGUCACAGCUGGGGUGUAUCUAUUAAUUCGGUUUAAUUACACUUUAGGUAUUAAUAAUUUUUUAUUAUUUAUUGGUAUGUUGACUAUAUUUAUAUCAGGUUUAGGGGCUAAUUUUGAGAUAGAUUUAAAAAAAAUUAUUGCCUUAUCAACACUAAGUCAGCUCGGGUUAAAUAACAUCUUUGGGGUGGGCUUCUACGAGUAUGCCUUUUUCCAUCUUUUAACUCAUGCUAUAUUUAAAUCCCUAUUAUUUCUAUGUGCUGGGGUGUUUAUUCAUUCUAUAGGGGACACUCAGGAUAUUCGAGCGAUAGGAGGGCUAAUGAUUUCUUGCCCAGUUACAUCUUUGUACUUCAUUAUUUCUUCAAUAGCUCUUUGUGGGUUUCCGUUUUUAUCAGGAUUUUUUUCUAGGGAUAUAAUUAUUGAAUUUUUUUUUCAAGGGAAAAUAAAUUUAAUUAUGGGAUGCUUAAUAGUUUUAUCUACAUUGUUUACAUUAACGUACUCCGUUCGCCUUUUGUAUUUUUCUUUCUUUAAUAACAUGGGUAACCGGUAUCUUUUAAGUUUAGCUGAGAGAAUUAAUAUACUAAUUCCGAUAACAUUUUUAAUUUUUAUGUCAGUUUUGGCUGGCGGGUGGCUUAGAGUUUAUUUAUUUCCUAUGAAUUUUAUUUUUCUACCCCUGUGGCUUAAAUUAUUGGUCGUUACUAUAAUUUUUAGUUUUUUCUUUAUUUAUUUUUUCUUAGUAGACUUUAAGGUCAUAAAGAAAAUUAGCUCUACCUCAGGUUUAGACUAUUUUUUAGGUUCUAUGUGACUGCUUCCUUUUAUUUCUACUUUUGCUCUGACUCCUAUUAUUAAGUACGGCGUAAAAAUUUUAAAUCUUGCGGACCAAGGUUGAGUGGAAUUUUUAGGGGGGCAAGGAUUUAUUGACAAAUCUAAGUUUAUUUCUUCCAAGGCAGAUGUAUUAAAUUCCGUAAGAAUGAAAUUCUUCAUAUUUAGUUUCUUUAUGGGUGUAUUGGUUUUAUUUUUAGCUUAGUUUAUA